GCAUUUCGCUUUUGAGUUCAGUGUGGAGCGGAACCUGGUCGAAUAAUGUCGCUGUUACUGUCGUUGAUCGCACUUGUAGUGUCGUUGCUUUUGUACCUCGCGCGACGUCGUCUUGGAUAUUGGCAGAGCAGAGGUAUUCCCCACGAUGUGCCACACCCACUUUACGGAAACAUCAAGGAUUGGCCCAAGAAAAGACACAUUGCCCAUAUCUUUCGGGACUACUAUAUGAAGUACAAGGGUUCGGACUACCCAUUCGCCGGGUUCUACUUCUUUUUCACCCGGACCGCUGUAAUCACCGACCUGGAACUGGUCAAGAGAGUGAUGAUCAAGGACUUCAAUCACUUCGAGAAUCGGGGCAUUUUCUACAACGAGAUCGAUGAUCCGCUUUCGGCUACCUUGUUCAGCAUCGAAGGUCAGAAGUGGCGGCACUUGAGGCACAAGUUGACUCCCACUUUUACGUCCGGCAAAAUGAAGAACAUGUUUCCAAUUGUUGUAAAAGUGGGUGAGGAAUUGGAGAAGGUCUUCAGCGGUAAAAUCACUUCAGGUCAAGGUGAAGUUCUCGAAAUUGUGGAUCUGGUGGCACGUUACACGGCUGACGUAAUCGGCAAUUGCGCCUUUGGUCUUAAUUGCAAUAGUUUGCACAAUCCAAAAGCAGACUUUGUGACAAUUGGAAAACGGGCGAUCGUUGAUCGUCGCUAUGGAGGAUGGCUGGAUUUCUUCCUAUUCGGUUUUCCAAAGCUAUCACGCCGCUUGCAUCUUAAGUUGAACGUUCAGGAAGUUGAGGACUUCUACACUGGAAUCGUAAGAGAAACCAUUGACUACCGAUUGAAGACCAAGGAGAAGCGCCAUGACUUUAUGGACAGUUUAAUCGAAAUGUACCAGAAGGAACAGGCGGGAAACACUGAGGAUGGUCUGUCAUUUAACGAGAUUUUGGCCCAGGCUUUCAUCUUCUUUGUGGCUGGCUUCGAGACGAGUUCUACGACCAUGGGAUUCGCUCUCUACGAGCUGGCUCGCAAUCAGGAUGUUCAGGAUAAACUCAGGGAGGAGAUAAACCAUGUUCUGGGCAAGCACAAUAACGAGUUCACCUACGAGGGAGUCAAGGAAAUGAAGUAUCUGGAACAGGUAGUAAUGGAAACUCUUCGAAAGUACCCAGUGCUGGCUCAUCUUACGAGAAUGACACAGACUGACUUUUCACCGGAGGACCCCAAGUAUUUCAUUGCCAAGGGCACAGUCGUCGUAAUUCCAGCUCUGGGCUUUCACUACGAUCCGGAAAUCUAUCCCGAACCGGAAAAGUUCAAGCCGGAGCGUUUCACGGAGGAGGCAAUCGCUGAGAGAUCAUCGUGCACCUGGCUUCCGUUCGGCGAAGGUCCCAGAAACUGCAUCGGACUUCGAUUUGGAUUAAUGCAGACCUGUGUGGGAUUGGCCUAUUUGAUCAGGGGCUAUAAGUUUUGUGUGGCCCCGGAGACACAAAUACCUAUGAAGAUUGUCGUGAAGAGCAUUUUAAUAUCCGCAGAGAACGGUAUCCACCUUAAAGUCGAGAAGGUUUCCAAAUGAGAUUAUAAUACAGGUUAUAAUUAUUUAUUCCUGUAAAUACGAUUUUGUUGAGUAUAAAGGGAGAAAUAAAUGUAUAUUAGGUAUUGACAGUAA